AUGGCAGAUAUUGACAUGGUAGAAGAUCGGUCUAACACGGCGAAUGGGAGCGAUUCCUCGGAAUACGUGGAGUUUUGGAUCGAUUUGUUUCUGGGACGGAAGGGCCAUGAAUACUUCUGCGAUGUGGACACGGACUACAUUGUGGACCGUUUCAACCUGAUAAACCUGCAGAAAAGCGUAAACAAGUUUACACAGGUGAUCCAGUACAUUGUAGACGAGUUGGACGACACAGCGUUGGAGCAGCUGUCGAGCGGGAGGAUGCAGCAGCUGGAGCAUGACGCGUGCAAGCUUUACGGGAUGAUUCACGCACGAUACGUGAUUACCAUUAAGGGUCUUCAAAAGAUGUUGCAGAAGUACAAGGAGGCAGAUUUUGGACGGUGUCCACGCGUUUACUGCAAUUUCCAGCCACUGCUGCCGGUCGGGCUGCACGACGCUCCGGGGAUGGACUGUGUGAAACUGUACUGUCCGUGUUGCGAGGACCUGUACGUGCCAAAAUCGACGCGGCACAGCGCGAUCGACGGUGCGUAUUUCGGGACCAGCUUCGCAGGCAUGUUUUUGCAGGCGUUCCCAGAAAUGAUACCCAAGCACCCGGUUCAGCGCUACGUGCCCAAAAUUUUUGGCUUCGACUUGCACAAGCAGGCGCAGGUGGCCCGGUGGCAAGAACUGCAGCGGCUGAAGCUGGAGAAACGUUUGAAGGCCAAAGGUGUUGAAGGUGGGUUCAAACAGUCGAACACGUGA